CGUAGACCCGCUACAGUCCCGUCGUGCCCACCCAGUCUCAUCACCGGUCUGACGGACAGACAGAGAGAGAGAGAGGGACAGCGAGCUAGCGACAAAGGGCUGGCCGACCAUGGAGCUCAUCUGCCGGUUGCAGCUAGCAAGCAGGAAGUGUGUCCUUCCGCAAUAGAUGCCACCAUGGAGCUGAGAUAACCUCUUCCUCUUUUCUUCACCAAUCACGGCUCUGGAGCAAGAAUAACUAUGGGAACAUGGCGUGGUCUCCGAGUUGCGUUCAUCCUUGGGUCUUUGUUCAUGAUCCUGCUGAUCAUCGUGUACUGGGACGACGUCGGGGGCUUCAACCUCUACCCGCUGCAGGAGCCCAAACACGAGUCACGGCACUCGAAUUCUCACCCUCAGACGACAGCUCGGCCCUCGCACUCUACGACCACCAGCAGAGCCCAGACCAAUUCUUCCUCCACCGCCCCCGCUACUGCUGCCCCAGAGGAGACGAGAGGGUCAGCUGAGGAGCAUAUAGAGGAGGAGGGCAAGGAAAAACAAGAACAGGGGAAGGAGGAAACAAGGGAGGAUGAGAAGGUGGAGAGGAGUCACACUGCUGUGGAUGAUAGAGAACAGGAGGCGAGGAAGCAGAGGAUCUUGGAUGUGUGUUCAGGAAUGGACACUGUGGAAUUCCCCGGGAGGACUCGGGCGUUUGAGCAGAUCCCAAACAGGGAACUGGACCACCUGAUAGUGGAUGAUACCCACCAGAUUAUCUACUGCUAUGUUCCCAAGGUGGCGUGCACCAACUGGAAGAGAGUGAUGGUGGUUCUGUCUCAGUCUCUCAUCUCGCCCUCCUCGGGAAAACCUUACACUGACCCAGAGGCUGUACCUCCUGACCUCGUGCACAACUCCUCUCUCCACCUCACUUUUGCCAAGUUUUGGCGCCAUUAUGGUUCUCUGUCCCGCCACCUGAUGGCACUCAAGCUCAAGCACUACACCAAGUUUCUGUUUGUACGAGACCCUUUUGUUCGCCUUAUCUCGGCUUUCAGGAACAAGUUUGGAAGGCCCAACGAGGACUUCUACAAGCAGUUUGGUUCUGUCAUGCUGCGUCGUUAUAGUAAUGUGUCUGGCAGUUUGCCAGAGACAGCGGCUGAGGCGUUUGCAGCAGGAAUCAAACCAACGUUUCAGCAGUUUAUCACAUACCUGCUGGAUCCAGAGACCGAGAGGGAGAGUAUCUUCAAUGAACACUGGCGGCAGGUGUACCGUCUGUGCCAUCCAUGCCAGGUGAAGUAUGACUUCAUUGGACGACUAGAAACCCUGGAUACAGACGCUGAGCACUUGCUGAAGCUUCUGGAGGUGGAUGAUCUGUUACGCUUCCCUUUAGGGGCUCGAAACCGCACUGCAGCCAGCUGGGAAAGAGACUGGUUUGCACAGAUUCCCAUAACAAUGAGGAGAGAACUGUACAAGCUGUAUGAACCAGACUUUGAGCUGUUUGGCUAUCCCAAACCGGAUAGCACGCUCCACCAGUAGACCACAGCGAGCUAAAGGCAGGGGCACUGCACUGUGUGUAGAGCCCACACCUCAACUACCUGCGCAUAGCCAGCAAAUGCCUUUAAAGACCAGCAUAUGAUGCUGUUUGUUUUGUUUUGUGCAUACCUCAAAUGACAGAAGUGCCUGCCGGUAUUAUUUUAUUUUUGUCCUCAUUUCAUAUCUCCAGCACACCCGCUUACAAGCUGCGUUAUCCCAUCUGUCUGUUUUCCCCAUGUAAAGGCACUUUGAAUAGUAUUUUCUGAUGAGUAUUUUCGUAAUUCAUCAGGAAAGGACUGGCUGACAUCAGUCUGAAGGGAAAUAUGUUGCAGAGAAAUAAAGUGUUUUUGUAAAUG